AUGGCAUGGCCCGCCUGGAAUGUGCUCUCUGGCGGCAAGUUCGCGGACGUAGAAGUUCGACAGGACCCAAGCUGUGAUUCCUUGCCACGAUCCCCAGUGGACUGGGCGGCUUUGAGGCACCGUGUCGCUGGCUGCCCAGUCUUCAUCGAUGCCCUGGCCGCGAAGGACAGUGACGACACUGUGCGGCUGGCUUUCGAAAGGACUAUCAGCAGGGACCGGGUCUGGCAGCAAGCGGUCGCGGCCUCCAAUAUUGACAUCCGGUUCUCCAGCCACCAGCACGACUGCUAUCUAGGGACGCUCGCACAUGUGUUCUGCCAGCACCUCAACGGCAUGGCGGCAUCGACCGAAGAUGGCGACAAAGGUAGCGAGGAGUGGAUGCAGCAUUAUCUAAAGCUGAAUCUGGAGCUCGAGGCAGUCAUGUUCCACAUGGAGUUGCCCUGGUCGCUGUUCAUCCGCUCCCGCUUUCGCUUCGGGCCCUUGCUGACGCGCUUGUCACGCUUCGUCAAGGAGGCCGGCAAGGGCCAACCCAGCAGAUGUGAUGAGAAUGAUUGGCCCGAGGACACGGAGUUGCUGACACAUGCAGACGAAUCGGGGCUGCUCCCGGUGAACAUUGCAGAGAUGUUCAUGACGGAGCAUGGCCGGCCGAAAGCCUGGGAAGGGCACGGCGCUGAAUUCCACGGCCGUUGUCCUUUCAGCGUGGCCGCCGCCGCACUGUCUCUGACGAUUUGGAUCCAAGUUGGCCAGGCCAAAGUGAUUCACGGCCAGAUUGGACGCGCUGUCGAGUCGAUUCUGGAUCUCUACAUGGUUCCGAUGAUGAGGGUGUGGGAAGCUCAGACCACGCAGUUCUUCUACGAUGUCUUUGCCAGCCACUGGCGCCUUUGGGAUCUCCUGGAGGUCUUAGACAACAACGCCUGGAUCACGCAGCAGAAAGCAGAAAACGACGGGCAGCAGCGCCUGGAAGUGCCCGUGGCACCGAAGCGAAGAAGGCGUGUGCUGCGUCCUGCAUGGGCGCGGGAAGCGCAGGGUGGGCCACCACAGGUUCUACUGCUCGGUGGGGGCCCCACGACAUACCGGUGGACCUCCUUCACGCAGCGUGGCCGCCAACUUGCUCGAGGUCUCCGCCACCUCGGCGCUCGAGGUGCAGAUGCCCGGACUUGGAAUGGGAGCUGCAGGUCAUGGUGCUGGCAGAUCGGCCGAAUGUCCCUUCCCGGUACCUGGGUGCCCGAUGCCAUCAUUCACAUCAAGUACAUGUGUAGCUGUGCAAUCUCUCGAUGGCGGCAGGCAGUUCAUGUCUACGAUCCAGUAGAUAUCGAUGGUUGGAGCAUGGGCCUCCGCUUGGGCGAUCCCUUACUCAGGUUUGAUGCAAUUCUGGCCACUACAUCGCUUGGUGUCAGUGACCUGCGACAGCACCCAUCACUGCAGGCUGUGGCAAAGAACCUCUCCAUCUUUUGGCUGCCGAUUCACCACUCCAACUUUCAUGACCUCCGCUCACGCGAUCCCGCAGCAGAGGUGCACGUCGUUGGAACGCACACGGUCCACCGAGACCCGCCGCUCUAUGCCCAGCUGCAGCGAACGGUGCGGGAGGUGACUGCUGGCAAGGCUCGCUUCGUCCAUCUGAACCCUGCGAAGUCCUUUGCAGCCACUGAGGGUCGCAUCAUCACGCCUCGGCAGAUAGACGACCUCUAUCAGGAGAUUUCAUCCUUGGACGUGGCGAUCUGCAAGAUGUCGGGGUGCCAGAGCAACUGGUGGUUCUGCAGUCGUUGGCGCACCGGACAGCGGUUGGUGAACCUUCUGAGCCUCGGGAUUCCGACCAUUGUGUGGGGCGAUGCACGCGGCAAUAUGGACGUUUUGGAAGGAAGGUGGCCACCAAGCGACCUUUUCGGUGAUGGUAGUGAGUUUGGCACGCUGCCCCUGCAGUAUCCACCUGAGCUUGUCAUACGCGGAGACGGGGAUGCGCUCGGAGCCUUGCGCCUGGUCCUGCAGAACGCGACGCUGCGGGCCCUGGCCAGGGAGCAAGGUUUGAAGCUGGCCAAGCACUUCACUUUGCAGAAGAUCUCCUCCCGACUAGCCCGAAUCCUACGCUUGCUGUUGCGACGGCGGCUGGCAAGAAAGCGCUGGCACUUUGCGAGGAGGAGCCGAUGA